CACGCUCUUGUCUGCGCUCGUGCCCACGCCCACGUCCACUUCCACGUCCAUUCGCACCGUCUCCGUGGAAACAAACGCGUCAUAAUUGCGAAGCCACCGAGACCCCUUCUUUAUUUGCUAUCUUUUCCCUCCCGUCGACCUUCCAAAUGCGCAUUGCAUGUCGAGACAUCGCCGGCGAUCAUAUCGAGAUUUCGCCGAAAUGUCGGGCUUCGAAAUCGAGUUACCCUCGUCGCCCGACCCUUUGGGCGACGAGUCGAUAGUCAUCCCGCCCGGGUCCGCCGCGCCACCUCCUCCGUCCACCACGCGUCGCCCUUUUCAGAGCGCUGCCUCGUCUCGAUUCUCUGCCAUCCCAGGAACCUCGCCUAGGAAGCGCAUGUUCGCCCUCGAUGUUGGCAACGAGAUCACCCCUCAGACAAUCUACGUCACCGUCGAGGCGGGCCCGGAUGGCAAUCCCAUAACAAAGCCUGGCCGUGGCAGUGUCGGAGGCCCCAACGUGAGGCGACGUUUGUUUGGGUCACCCACCCCCCAGCCGAGCCCGCGUCGGGCACCGCGAACCACCACAACCACCGUGCCACUCAGAGGCUUGACCGACGAUGAAGCCGACCCAACCCCACGACGGCGCAGGCGGUCGUCUGUACGACCAGGCACGCCAGCGACGGCAGCCGCCAAGAGGAAGAAGAAAGGAACACCAACACCCAAGCGGGGAAGACCACGAGGCACAUCCGUUGCCAGCACAUCCGUGGCCAGCAGUGAUGCCCUGCAAUCAGAAGCACCCGCCACGGUGGAAAAACCAACACCCAGGAGAGGAAGGCCGCCCAAGCGCAAGGCGGAGAUCGCGCCAUCGGAUGAGGGCAGCCCCGCCCCGUCAGAGGCUUCAAAAACUAAGAAACCGGGUCGGAAACGUCAAAAGUCUAUCCAGGCGGAUGACACCGACGAGCUUACCGCCGCUGGCAUCGACAUAGCUCCACCUGAGAGCUACAGUAGACACUCUCCGCAACCUAUAAAUGACAACAUCGAGCAAGCUUCGCCAGGGGAAGUCAAUGAGGAUGGAGCUGCUGCAGGCCCGGAAGAGGCUGACGAGGAGGACCCUUUUCUGGCCCAGUUAUCAGACCCGCCCAGCGAUGCGCGCCCUUCUUCAACUGUAGAACAGGCGAUAGACUGCUUCGAGCCCUUUGAUGAAGGCCAAUUCGAGGAGCAAAAUCAGCAUCUGGGAGACGAGGGUCCGCUCCCAGCCCAGUCGGAUGACUACGCUCCCAUGAUGGACUUCGACGACAGGAGCGAUGUGAACUCACUUCAUGACGGACCUGCACCUUUCAACGCACUGGAACAACGCAUGACACUGGAGCUGGAAGAUCAAGGGCCUCUGCCCGGCGAGUCAGAUGAUUAUGCACCCAUGAUGGACCGUGAUGAUGAGAGCGAUUUACAAUCGCACCAUAGCGAAGCGACUCCCAAGGCACCGCAAAACAUUAGACAGGAACCCCUGGAGCUUGAGGAUCAAGGACGUCUACCAGGAGAGUCGGACGACUACCCUCCAAUGAUGGACGUCGAUGAUGGAAGUGAGGCCGAGUCACAUCACAGCUUCCGACCAGCCAGGAGUGAAGACGCUACAGACAAUACGGUAGACCCUGACACAUUCACCAUGAUUGGUAUUGAGACGAUGCCCUCAUUCCAAGGUAACAGGGGCGCGCCGACAUCGGAUCUUCCCGAGAUAGGGGAGGCGACAAGCCUGCUCAUCAACAAGACGCUGGAGUCACUGGGAUAUAUGGAUGCGACAGACGAAGAGAACGAUGACAUCGACUUGCUUGGAUCGCGGGAGCAGACACCACUUGAGGCUCCGGCAGGCACUGUGCAUAACGGCUCAACUGAAAAGAAACAGAGUCUUCCCAAGGACAGCAGCCCUAUUCGAGAGCCGCGAGCGAGACGGACUGCUGGAACCUCACAAACUCCGAGGGCUGUUGAUUCACUCGAGCACAUCGAAAUGGUAUCCUUGCAAGAGAACACACGAUCCACAGCUCAGCCGAUCCGUUACAACAAUGCCGACGGGGUGAGCUCGGACGAGCUGGAUGCUGACGAUGAUUCCUUCUCCGACAUCCCAGAAGAAGUCUUCGCUGCUGUGGACCCUGAAGAGGUGCCACAAUCUACAAGUCCCAGCGAGGAUGAACUUAGCAUGGCCGUCAUAGCUGCCCGGAAACCGGCUCCGGAGUCGGUCCACAGUCAAGAAACCAUCCCAGCCGACUCACAGGACAACGAAAUUUCCGAGAACCCUCAGUCCCCGCGCGACCAUCCUGAGCCCAGCCGUGCCGAGGAUGACAACUUCCUCCAGCACUCUGCCUCACGCAUCGCCCAGUCCGGGAGACAACCUAGCCAGUCCACGCAGAAGGAUGAGCCGAUUUCUUCCAGCAACCAAAGCAUUCCCGCGACGAAUCAGCCUCAUGAAGAGCAGAACGUGUUUGUCAACAGUGACGAAGAGAUAGGAUCUUCCCCACCAGAAAUCACAGCCUUCGACCGAGAAGAGGUACAACCAAUGCAAGACUCGCGCCGAAGCUCAGACACACCUACCAACCGACCGCCUUCGAUUCAUCUGCAGCCCGUGCAAGCUAGGGAGCCGAAUGUUGCAGCUUUCCCGUCCCACUCAGUGGGCUCUCGGCCAUUCCUCUCCCCGAUCGUGCGCGUCGGGGAGAGACUGCAAAAUAUCUUGUCUGACCCUCCCUCGCCUUCUGCUAGAAGCAGUGUUUUGGGAAGCCCUUUCAAAGGUUCCGUUCGAAAAUCUAGCCUGGAUGCGCCCUCGGACGAAGAGCCUCAGCACAGGGAUACGUCUUCCAACACCACAUUGCAAAAUCCUCCAGCGCCCCCGGAAUCGCCGAAACCCACCUGGACUCAAUCCCUUUUCUCGCUCAGCCAUUUGCGAAGCCUAGUCACGGAAGGAACAAAGAAAAUCACAUCUCCACAGGUAAACGUCACGCAAACUUGGGAGGACCCGUUUGGGCCGUCAUCCCCAAGCAAGGACCGAGGCGGAAGCGGUCGCAACUCGGCUUUCAUGGAACGCAUUAGGCAAGCUUCACGUGAAGGCAGUGUGCAUAGCAGCAAGGCCAGCGUCGCAAGAGCGACGUUAGGUGAAGUCGAUGACAGGAGUUUGUCAGGAGACCCAGCGCCUCGAGGCCUGAGCAGCAAUUGGAGAGGCGAGAGGUCGCACAAGCCCGGUCUGUUUGGCUCAGAGGUCACUCCUGGUGGAUAUCAUGUUAGUGAACUUGGUGGAAGUGACGGGGCAGCAGACGAACGGCCAGAAGCAACGAGUGCAGACCGCCUCCCAGAAGAGCCACGGACCGAUGAUACUCUUCUUCAGCCAAUUGAAGAUCAAGCACCGGAAACCGAACGCGGGCAGUAUCCACAGCUUCAUUAUGAAGUAACUCAAGGAGUGGAGAUCCAGGCGCAACCGAAUAAAGACGCUAUGCAGAUUGACGAGGAGCCACUUGAUGGGGAUGGAUCUGAUGAUGAUAUUUGGGCCAUUGAAGCAGACAGGACGGCUUCCUCCCCGACAGCUCAGAAGCGGGCGACCGAAUCGAUCAACGAAUCAUUCAACGCUUUUGCUAGAAGCGGGCUUUCUAUUGAUUGGGGGACACGAAGUACCAUCUCACAGACCUUGCCACCUGGCAGGAGCCCGGCUUUCAAGCAGUCCAUACGUGGGGGCUCUCGCGUUGUGCAUGAGAAUCUCGAGGACUACUCUCUUCUUGAUCUGCAUAGUGGUACUGAUACCCAACCAUCCGCCAAGAAGCCCACACCAGAGCAACAACAGCGGCCGAAGAGAGUGGAUCUGUCGGACUUCUUCUCCUCAUCACCCAACUUCAUAGAGCGGGAACGAAGGGCCAGGACAGCGCUGAAAGCUAAAUCCAUGGCUCAGACUACAACUGAGAGCCGUGCCCCUCACGUUACUUGGCCAGCAACACUACACGACGCUGAUGUUCCCCAGAGCCCGCCUCACAUUCAGCCGUCGUCGGACAGUCGGUUCUCAGACGAGCUACCUACACCAACCCGGGCGACUGACCAGGCCUUUGAACGAGACGGUGCGGGUCACUUGUCGUCCGAGUCCACCCCAGAACGGCCCCGUCUCCCACAGCAGCGUCUUGCUCCCCACCCCAGCCAGAACGAUGCAGCUUUAUUUGAAAACUGGGAAGUGUCAUCGUCCAGGGCACCGACGGAACGUCUGCAUGUCUCAGAUCCCAUAAGCGACACCCAGCCGAGUUCUCCAGAGGCUAUCGAGCGACCUAGCACCCCUGGGGAUCCCGACGAGUCCUCAUUUGAGGCCCCCACGCUGAAGCCGCUCCCAGGUCGGGCUAUGUCGCCGUCGAAAUCUUGCCUAAGAUCUCCCUUGAAACCGAAGACGCCUGGACGCGUUGUGGAAUUCACGAGCAGCACUCUCUCCCCGAUGGCACAAGGCCAAGCACAGGCUAGACCUCAGGGCAAGAAUCCGACCACAACCUUGGGCCUCCCUCCUACCCUCUCGCCUCGCCGGUCUCCCCGAGGGAAGGAGAACCAGGUAUCGGCGCUCAAAUCCUACAUACACUCCUCCCCUCGCCACAGGCAUAUGGGCACCACCCCACAGCGGCAGCAGGAAGGGCCGGCCGACUCUCCGCUCUCGCAAACCAAGUGGUCUAAGAGACACUGGCUGCUGAUGGACGGGCUUCUACAGGCAUACCGGCGCAACGCCCUUGACUUCCAGCUGCGGCACAGCGACGCCGUAAUGACCUCGCCGAAGAAGCGCGCGUCGAGCUCGCUGCUCGGCAAGAUGGUCACGUCUCAGGGCGAGAGGAUGGCGCUGGAGCAGUGGCACCUGGACAUUGUCGACGCAUUUAAGAAAGAGGUCGGCGGGUGGCCCGAGGACGCGCUUGCUAAGCGGCUCUUCUCCCUCAUUGUGGGCGAGGAGCGGAGGAGGUCCGGGCUGGUGCCGAAGAGGCGGUGAUUCGUUCAAUUUUCCUUUGUCUUGUAUUUGUACUUUGGAUUUUUGAUGAUGAUGAGCAUAAGUGGUUGAUGGUUGCAUAGCCGCUCGAACGUCCUGUCCAGGACGGAGUGGUGGAAAUUCAUGUUACGGGAAUAUGCAGGAUACCCGGUUUGGAAAACAAGCCAAGCCUACAAAUAGCAUCAGAUUGUAUAGGGACGGUGGCAAUCGGCGUCUUGGGUUUACUUUGGCCAACAACUUUUUG